GUCCCGGUGCGAGCUGCGCCUUGCACCAAGCUGGGAGCGCUGCGGAGGGACCUCGGGGACCUCCCGCUAACGCCGGUGGGGAAUCAUCUCCUGUGCCCAGCGGAGGGGGAAACUGAGGCGCGGGGCGGUGCGUUCGGCGGAGCCUCGAUGCCCGCAGCGCGGUGCUCAGCACCCCCGGCUCGCUGCCUCGCUGUGUCCUGCAGAGCAUCGUGGCCAAGCACGGCGCGCAGUUCCGCGGCAACGCGCAGCACGACGCCCUCGAGUUCCUGCUGUGGCUGCUGGACCGCAUGCACGAGGACCUGGGCAGCGCCUCGCCCGCGCCGGGACCCCGCGCUGCCCAGCAGCGCGGUGCAGAGCAGAGCGGUGCUGGUGGGGAGAGCUUUGUGCAGAGCCACUUCCAGGCGCAGUACAGGUCCUCCCUGACGUGCCCGCACUGCCGGAAGCAGAGCAACACCUUCGACCCAUUCCUGUGCAUCUCGCUGCCCAUCCCCGUGCGCCAGACCAGGGCACUGAACGUGACGCUGGUGCUGCAGCGCGAGGGCGGGCGCUCGCUGCGCGUGGGGCUGGCGGUGCCGCUGCUGGGCACGGCUGCGGAGCUGCGCGAGAUGGUGGCACGGGAGGGGGACGUGCCCCCCCAGCAGGUGAUCCUGGCCGAGGUGUCCCCGCAGGGCUCCCUGCGCUCGCUGGAUGACUCCGAGGAGCUGAGCACGGCCGGGCAAGGGGCGCCCCUGUAUGCCCUGCAGGCCCCUCCGGACCCCCCCGCAGGCGCCCGCCCUGUGCUGCUGCUGCUGCUGUGCCACGUGGCAGGCACCGGCCCGCACCGCGCCAGGUUCGGGCCUCUGCUGGUGCUGCGGGCGGAGCGCGGCGCCUCCUGGGCACAGCUGCAGCGCGAUGUGCUGGCCCCGCUGCGCGCCGUGAUGAGGGGCGCGGUGCAGGGCACGGCGCCGCUGUUCCGCAUCCACGUGGCUGGGGAGCCCGGCGCCUACCUGUCCCCCCAGGACGUGCACCCGCUGAGCCACGCGGCCAUUGACAGGGCGCUGCAGCAGAGCCCCGCCGGCGGACCCCCCCACGUGGCGCUGACGGUGGAGUGGGACGUCGGCACCAAGGAGCGGCUUUUCGGCAGCGUGCAGCAGGAGGCGGUGCGGGACGCGGACAGCGUGCGGCUGCAGCAGGCGGCACACCAGCAGCACAGCUGCACGCUGGAUGAGUGCUUCCAGCUCUACACCAAAGAGGAGCAGCUGGCACCGGACGACGCGUGGCGCUGCCCGCACUGCCGGGUCCCGCAGCAGGGCACGGUGCAGCUCCGGCUCUGGACGCUGCCCGACAUCCUCAUCAUCCACCUGAAGCGCUUCCGCCAGGUGGCCCAGCGCCGCCACAAGCUGAGCACGCUGGUGUGCUUCCCCCUGCGCGGGCUGGACAUGGCCCCGCACCUGGCCCCGGGGGGGGGACGCUGGCAGCACCCCCUGCGCCCGCCCCGCGGCUGCCCCCCGGAUGCUCUGUACGACCUGUACGCCGUCUGCAACCACCACGGCAGCAUGCAGGGCGGGCACUACACCGCUAUGAUGACAGCACGGUGGAGGAGGUGCGGGAGGACGAGGCAGCAGCAGCUCGGCCUCAUUGAACCACUGGGCGGCCCGGCUGGGGGGCCCCAAGCAGCACAGCGCAGAAUCCCAGCCUGCAGCCCCGCAGCUGUCCCCACCCUGCAGCCUGGACCCCGGCACCGCACAGGAGCAAGGCGGCUUCGAGGCCCGGCCCUCUGUGCGGGGUGUGCAGAGCCGCAGUCUCAGUGUCAAGCUGCCCCCACCCGCCCGCUGCAGGGCCCCCCCCAGGGCCGUGCCCCUGCGCUGGUCCUUCACCUCCCGCCCACGGGUGGCCCCCGGGCAGCUGCUGCCGUACAUCCCGGUGGGGCCGGGAGAUGGGAGCAGCCCCCGUGUGCCCCCUGCGGAGCUGAGCUCCCCGCAGGGGGAUGUGGUGGGCAGCAUGCAGAGCACGGAGCCCCCGCUUUACAACCCGGCACCGCGCCGGGCCCACAGCGCCGGCCCCGGUGGGAUCCCGUGCCCCAAAAGCCCCCCAGGGAGUGGGGAGCAGGAGACGGAACCCCCCCGGGGGCGGCGGGAGGGCCCCCCUCGGGCACAGCACGGCCCCCGCAGCCCCGAAGAGCCCAUCCGGCGCUCACAGAGCUCGGCCUGCCUCCCCCCGCGGCCCCCCCACCCCAUGCGGCGCUCAGCAUCGCUGGGCCGGGGUGCGGGGGGCACUGCGGGGACACGGGGCCGGGAGCGCGUGGCCACUCUGCGGCGUGGGGCUGUGCCCGAGUCCAGCUUCUGAGGAGGGGCAGGGGCAGCUGUGGGGCUGAGCUGGCAGCAGGAGACACCCGGAGCAUUGUGCAGUGGGGUCCGUGGGGUCAGGGCAUCCCUGCACCAUGGGCAUCCCGCACCUGGGUACCCAGAGCCUGGAGCAUCCUGCAGCUGCAUGUAUGGCUCCAGGAGCAUCCAGCACCGAGAACAUCGUGCAGUGGGGUAUCUGCAGUCAGGGCAUCCCUGCGCUGGGAGCAUCGUGCCAUGGGCUGUGUGCAGUCAGGGCAUCCCUGCAUCAUCAGCAUCCUGGGGUUGGGUGCACGGUACGGGGAGUAUCCACCACUGGGAGCAUUGAGCUCUGGGCUGUCUGGAAGCAGGGCAUCCCUGCGCCAGGAGCAUCCUGCAUCAGGGUAUCCAUCACCACCUGCACUGGCAGCGUCAUGCAUUGGGGUGCCCAAACUCAGGGCAUGCCUGCACCAUGAGCAUCCUGCACCUGGGUACCAGCCCUGGGCGCAUCCCACUCAGGGACCUCCUUGCACCCGGGUGUGCUGUGAGCACCCCGCACCCCUGGCCUUGCGCCUUUCAGCCCACGCCUUACUGGGAGCGAGCAGGGGGUCCAUGGGGCAGAGGGGCCGUUGAGAGAGAGAGUAUUUAUUGUAUACAGAGAGUUCUAUGCGGAGAUGCUGUUUGUUUUCUACCAGCCACUGGCAAUGAGGGUUGGGCUGCGGGGCUGCUCGCACACUCAGGGCUAUGCAACGUGCUGUGCCCAGUGGCCGUUUCUAUUAAAGACGUGAAAGGAG